GGCUCCUGGCUCCCAGAACAUACAAGCAAGAACACAAAAAGUGUUCAUCUCUCGCCUCUCCUCUCAGCGCCCAUUUCUUCUUUCAGGAAUUCAGAUAUGAUGGAUGAAGAUAUGUCCAAUUCAGCUCGUCGAAUGUCGACCCGAACUCGUCGAGUCGCUCCGAAAAUGGUUGCUGCUCUUGCUAGUAAUGAUAAUCGUACCCAGGCAGUUCUUGCUCGUCUUGAAGCUCUGGAAAAUGAUAAUCCCGGAUUAGAAACAGUUGAAGUUAAUGAUGAUUCUGAUGCUUCCCUUGACGAUGAUGAUGAACAAGUGAAGAGGCAGUCAAAGGGCACGAAACGCAAAACUCGUCAAGCAAAAGCACUUGAGAAUGCUAAGAAAGCACCAAGAACAUUUCAUGAACUCUUGCAUGAGGCAAACCUAGAGUCUUUGCCUCGUCAUGUGCCCACCUACUUAAGAGCAGCUGUUGGGCCUCCAAGCUCUGUAGCUCGUCGACAUUUUUGCACAGUUUGCGGUUUCUCUUCCAAUUAUACAUGUGUAAGGUGUGGGACACGGUUCUGUUCCACUCGCUGUCAAAAUAUACACAAUGAUACACGGUGUCUAAAGUUUGUUGCCUGAUAUGUAUAAAGUUUUAAUAGCUCAAAUUGUGUUAAUGUUCUAUUAGUUUUUCGCAUUAUCACUGUUUCUUUCAAAUUUUCACAUGUACUUUUGAAUUUUGAAUUCAGUAGAAAAUGUGAUUUCAUAUACAUCUGGGUUGAUUUUUUUCAUAUUAAAACCGAGUAUCUUCACUA